UCUCUGAAAGUUGGCCCUCAAUCCCUCCCACACAACUGCGGGCCCUUUACGUUACUGCUGCUGGUCGGAGAUGCUUUUUUUUUUUUUUUUUUCCAGUCAAGGUCAGUCAAGUUGUGGAAGCCUCGACUUGGCAGGACACACUUUGUGCUUAACGCUGCGACCCAGUUUGACUUUAACAGUUCCAUCUCGAAAGGCAGGAUGGAGGAGUCUUCGGAGCCGUCUCACUGGGUGUCUUCAUCACUGCUGGCCUCAGAUCCUCUGGCGGCCUUCUCCUCCGAGUCCGGUCUGCUGCCUUCGGGAGAAGACGCGGACGUCUUCUUCUCCAGCCAGGACACGGACUACACCAACCUGUCAUCCUUCUUCUCCGGCCCGAGUCACAGUCGAACACCAGCCACCUACAGAAACAGCUCGAUUUGCCAGGUGUUCGCCUCACCGAAUCUCCUCAGCAACCUCCAGUUGUUGGACGGCCCCCCCGGUCACUCUCUGGGCUCGCCCUACAGUCCUCUGGACAGCACCUGGAGCGGCAGCCCUCUGACCAAAACCACCCUCCCCACCUCUCUGUACUCGGGGGUCUCCUCCUCUCUCCCCCCGACCAGGGAUGUACACUCGUCUCCCCUUCGGGAGAGUCCUCAGCCUCAGGAGGCCCUCAAGGCCGAGCGCAUGAGCCCUCUCGGGGGCUCGCCGACGUCCUGCAGCGGUUUUUUCAAUCUGACCCCUGCGGUCGGGAGCACGUACGCGCCGACGUCCCACUCGCAAACGCACGUGCUGAGCCCUUACAGCCCGUACGUGGCGGGCCCGCAGGAGUACGCCGCAGCCAACUACUACGGCGGCCCCGCUUCCUGGAUCAGCCCGGCGUACUCCCCGAAACUCCGCAACAAAAUGAGAAUAGCCACACCAGAGGCCAGAGAGUGUGUCAACUGCGGAGCCACCGCGACCCCCCUGUGGCGCCGCGACGGUACAGGCCACUACCUGUGUAACGCUUGCGGCCUCUACCAUAAGAUGAAUGGCCAGAACAGACCUCUGAUCCGACCCAAGAAGAGACUGAUUGUCAGCAAGCGGGAGGGCACGCAGUGUGCCAACUGUCACACGAGCACAACCACGCUGUGGAGGCGCAAUGCAAAUGGGGAGCCCGUGUGCAAUGCUUGCGGACUCUACUUUAAACUCCACAACGUCAACCGACCCCUCACCAUGAAAAAAGACGGCAUUCAGACUCGCAACAGGAAAGUGUCCAACAAGAACAAGAAGAGCAAGAAGGCGGCCAUGUUCGCCGAGGCCGCUCAGCCGCAUUCGGCCGAGGACAACGCCGGGCCUUUUGCCCUCGGCCACGCCGCUCUCCUGACUUACGGCCACGCGCCGCACCUCAUUCCGGGCCAGUCGACUCUGCACGCCUCUGCUCCCUUGGCGUACCCGCACCACCGCAACCCGGGCAUGGUGCCCACUUUAGUCUGAAGGAGGGCGACAUUUUCACUUCACUCAACUUUUGACUGUGUGUGUGUGUGUGUGUGUGUGUG